GCACGGUACUAAGCGGAACUAUUCUGCGAGCGCGAGACGAGCGGAACGUUCAGUUCGGGCUCAGGGAACAGGGGGAGAACGGACCGCCGCUCCAUACACCCGGAAGUGGUCGCUGAUCUGCAGAGUUACGGCCAGCCAGGGGUCUAAACAUGGCGGCUGUGAUAAACUCCGAGUUGGAUCCAGUUUUUUUAAAAGCACUUGGUUACCUCCACUCUAAAAGCAAAGAUUCUGCUGAGAGGCUAAAAGCCUUGCUGGAUGAAUCUCUGUGCAAGGGCCUUGACUCUGGAUAUCGACCCCCACAAAAGGACAUUGAGCCUAAAGUGAUUCUACCUAAACCAAAGUCAGAUGUUAAGACUAGUAACAGUUCUACUGCAGGCAGUAUCCUGAAACCACUGCCAACAGAGAAAGUGAAGAAAGAGGCAGAGAAGAGGUCAUCGGAUAAGAUGAAAGUGGAUGUUAGUGACCCUGUGGAUUUGCCAAAGAAACCUCGCUUGGAGAAACCAGAGGUGCGCUCCUCUCCGGUCACUGUGCCAAAUACUAAGGACAUACCUAUACCUGAUCUCUCCAGCUUUGAUGAAACUAGUGCGGAUGACUUUGCCAUGGAGAUGGGGCUAGCCUGCGUAGUGUGUCGGCAAAUGACAGUUUUUUCUGGUAACCAGCUGGUAGAAUGCCAGGAAUGCCAUAAUCUCUACCAUCAAGACUGUCACAAACCUCAAGUCACAGAUAAGGAUGUGAAUGAUCCCCGCCUGGUCUGGUACUGUGCACGUUGUACUAGGCAGAUGAAGAGAAUGGCACAGAAGAAUCAAAAGCCCUCUCAGAAACCUUCCCCCUCAGCUGCUUCUGCUACCCUGCUGGUUGUAAAGGACCCAUCCAUCAUCAAACCUGAAAUGAAGCCCAAAGCAGAUUCUGCAAACACAUUCUUAGCUUUCAAAAGAACAGAAGUUAAGGUAUCAGCAUCUGGGAAUUCCUCCAAUUCUGGAACAUCAUCGUCAGCUGCAAGUGGUCUUACAGGGUGGGCAGCCUUUGGAGCAAAAACUGCCUCUGCACCAAUUGCAUCCUCCAAGCUAGGUAACACAACACAGGGUUCUGGUGGAAAGCCCCCAACCCUAUCUGCAGGUCAAAAGUCUUUAAGUUCAAGUAGCUUGAUGCCCAUAAAAACGGGAUCGGCAUCUAAGCCAGGAUCUGGAAGCAGCAGUACAAAUACAGUUCCGUUAAAACCCUUACCACCUCUAAUAUUGGGGAAAACAGGCCUUAGCCGAACCAUGAGCAGUGAGAAUGUCAGCAAAACAAGCCUUCCAAGUCCAAGCGUAAGUUCUUCUGGGAGUAGUAUUAGCAGUCAGAUGAGCAGUGGUAAUGGAGGAGGCAGCUCUGCAGGGAGCAGCGGAAGCUCCAGUAGUAAAGCUCCGGUAGAUCCCAGCUCUCAGCAGUCUAGCACCAAAGGACCUACGUCUCAAGAAUCUCAGUUAAAUGCAAUGAAGCGAUUACAAAUGGUGAAAAAGAAAGCUGCUCAGAAAAAACUGAAGAAAUGACCAUGUGGUGUCAACGACUGCCUUGGUGGCAUGAUAUGUUACUGUAUUAGUUUAACUUAAUAUGCCAUUGUCAUUUACCUGCACAACUUGAAUUUAGUAAAAUUACAGUCUUAGAUAUAAACGGUCUUGUUGGAUUUCAUUUUAU